UACGCUCUCUCUAAAACGACCAAACCAGAACAAAUAAGGAUUAAAAAAACCAUCAAAACAAGAAGGAUUCUACCUAUAUAUUGAAAACAACAACGAUGGUGAGAAAAUGUGCACUAGAAGUUGCUAAAAUUGCACUGUUGGAGGUGGCUCAAGCCGGCGUAAUUACAGCACCUGCAGCUGAAGCCAUGGCGUCUGCUGCUUCCAUGUUAGCUAGAAAGAGAAAACUAAGCAACGAAGACUUAACACUUUCGGCGUCGUGUAUUGACCUCACAAACCGCAAAUUCACGAUAAGGAGCGGUGGUUCCAAAGCGGCGUCGACGGAGAGCCAGUGUUCGAGUCCUAAUUUAGAUCAUGAUCACAUUUCAACUUCGUGUUGCUCAAGUAACGGAUCCAGUGAAGAAGUAAAUGACAUAACAGAAUUUUCAGAUCUGGAGGAUCAGAGCAUUGAAGUUGAAACAUCCAUGUAUUAUAGCUGCAGAGAAAGGAGAGAAACUACACCGUCUAGUGAGGUUGAAGCUGCAGUAUCAGAAGAGCUGGAUUCAACGGCGAAAACUACUUCAGAGGCAAAUUCUCACAGCAGGUCAACAGUGGAGAAGAUGCCGACGGAAUCUGAGAUUGAUGAAUUCUUCGCCGAAGCGGAGAAAAAACUCCUAAAGCAGUAUUCUGUAAAGUAUAACUUCGACUUUGUGAAAGAGAAGCCAAUGGAGGGACGCUAUGAGUGGGUAAGGUUAAAGCCUUUAAGAGAAAAAACAACGGAAGCCUUUAAGAAAGAUAUCAAUGGCUAGCUCCAUAUCUCUCUCCAGAAGAGGAUUCAGAUACAUAUUGCACUGCGAAUUUAUUGUUUGGAUAAUCUUAAGGUGCUUUUGUUUGUUUUUAAUGUACAGCAGGCUAGGUGUGUGUCGCAGUAAAAAGAAGCUAUCUCUGUUUGUUCUUUAUACAGGAUAUACGGAGAAGCUUUUGCAAAGCCUCUUCGAGGAAGAACAAGAAGUUGAAUUGCUAGUUAUUUGUCUGCUAAGUCUGAUAUACACUGCUGCAACUAUUUGUACCUUCUUUUUCUUCCGCUAAGUCUGAUAGAUUCACUACAAUUUACGAGCUGCCUAAACUCCUUUUAUCUUUUUCUAAAAUAAUUAAGCAUUUUGAUAUUUUGAAUUUUGAUCCAA